AUGCCGAUUGCUACAAGUGAAGAGAGACCCUCUGGUCAUGAUUUCCUUGUUGGACAUGUUUACAGGGGUGUGGAGACGUUGGGAAAGGAACUUUUUAUGUAUUUUGAUCAGAAAGCUUUGAGGAUUCACUUUGGUAUGAAUGGUUCCAUGCUCAUUAAUCCUGAUGGAAGCAAGGACAGGAAUGGAGCACUACCAGUUUUGGAGAUACAGCUUACAAAGGAUACCAUCUGUUUUUUUGAGGUGACAGUAGAGUAUAGAAAUGCAGCUGAGAGUGAGCAGAAAGUGAGAAUGAUGGAAAGCUUGGAUGUCUGUUCUCCAAAGUUUAGCUUCUUAAGAGCAGAAAGUGAGAUUAAGCAGCAGAAAACCUGCAUGUUGUGUGAUGUGUUGCUGGACCAAGCAGUAUUACCUGGGGUGGGAAAUAUCAUAAAAAAUGAAGCACUGUUUGACAGUGGUCUCCAUCCAGCUAUUAAGGUUUGCCAACUGACAGAUGAGCAUAUACAUCGCUUGGUGAAAAUGACACGUGAUUUUACCCUGCUUUUUUAUAAGUGCCGCAAAACUGGGUCUCCACUCUACAAACACUACAAAGUAUACAAGCGCCCAACCUGUGGUCAGUGCAAUGGGAAGAUCACUGUGUGUCGUUUAGGAGAGAAUGACAGGAUGACCUACUUCUGCUCUCAAUGUCAAAAGGCGGAUCCCCAGCUCAUCAGUGUUGGCAAACUGCCAACUAGAAAUAGCCUAAUUGGCUGGGCAUAUGGCAGGGGGUCCUGUUCUAAUGAACACGUAGCUCAGAAAUCUGAAGAGGAGUGGACGUGUAUGCGCUGCACCCUAAUAAACAAGCCUUCUGCUGAAAUUUGUGAUGCCUGUUUGACUUCAAGGCCUGAAGUUACGAAGACAGACAAUGCUGAAGAUUCUGCAGCCUUUAACAUAAACUUAAUGAAGUACCCUUGCAAUGAUUUCAGAAAACCAAGCACAGAAAUAAAGAUCAAUAGGAAAGCUGCAUUUGGAACUACAACUCUUGUCCUAACAGAUCUUGGUAGCAAACCUAUUUUUAGAAAUGAUACCCAAAUAUCUGAUGGAUGCUCUCAGUGUGUUGCUCCAAAAAGCAAUUGUAAUAAAAUCCAAAACAAUGUGUACCAGUCAGGGGGAAGCACAGACAAGGAUUGCUCAACACAUGUAACUGCUAUGGCUUUGUCCUCCUGUCAGCAACCUCUCUCUUUCACACAUGUACACAAGAAACAGAAAACUGAUCAUAUACCCUCAAUUCAGCAGUAUAACACAGCAAUCAGAAAACCUCAUAUUCGUACGUUAAGCGCCGGCCAUCCUCACUGCAGUAAACACAACCGUCUCUGCAGCCUCAGAGUUGUGAGAAAGGAUGGAGGGAACAAGGGCAGGCAGUUUUAUACCUGUCCUCUGCCCAGAGAAACUCGGUGUGACUACUUUCAAUGGGCUGACUUGAAUUUUCCAUUUUGUAACCAUGGCAAGCGAUGUGUUAUGAAGACAGUGUUGAAGAUUGGUCCCAAUAAUGGAAAGAACUUUUUUGUGUGCCCUCUUGGGAAGGAAAAAGAGUGUGGCUUUUUCCAAUGGGUAGAAAAUGGGCCAGGUAUGCAGGUUAUUCCUUGA